AUGAACCCCGAGAAUACCGUCACUUUGGUUCGAGGAAAUCGCAAAAAGUCAUGGUUCAAUGCCAAGGUCCGCUGCGCCAUGUGGAUCAACAUUCGUUCGGCGGAGCCCUGGCACACCAUAGGGAUGCCAUUCGGCUAA